AUGAGCUUCGCACCAAUCAACCCUCGCCCUAUGCUCGAGAACCUCGUCAGCAAGCAGGUUCUUGUUCGCCUAAAAUGGGGUGAGGUCGAGUACAAGGGAACUCUAGUCUCCAUCGACAGCUACAUGAACAUUCAGCUUUCUGGCACCGAGGAAUACAUCGCCGAUAAGCCCACUGGCUCCUUGGGACAAGUAUUGAUCCGAUGCAAUAACGUACUGUGGGUGCGCGCAGCUGAUGGAGGAAGCGACGCGGAUGCUGCCAUGACUGGUUAA